UGUGGAUUUGAUUUAAUGGCUCUGAUACACGCAAGUGGUUUCCCCUCGCUCUCUUCACCUUUCCUGAACUUUGCAGCAUGGGUCCAGCGUUCGUACUUAUCGGGCGCUUUCGCACCGCACGUAAGUAGCAAGCGAGCACGUGGUCGCUGCGGCAAGAUGGCGCCGAUAACGGGAACACUAAAAGAGCAGAGUAGUAGAAGCUGGUAGCGUAGUGUGUUGGCGGAAGAGAACAGUACGCUCGCUGUCUGAUGUCCGGUGGAUGGGAAAGGAUGCGCGAUAGACAGCGAGUGUGAAAAUGGGUAAAAAUACGAUCUGGUACAUGUAUGCCACAUUUGUUGGCAAAUUUCGCCCUAAACGCAUCGUAAAACAAUGAAACACGAGCGAAGCUCGGUAUGUUUGCCGGUAAACACUGUUGCUAACUAUGUUCACUUUUCUUUCCAUCUCUUGCCCCCUCCCCCCACCCCUUCAUACACAUUCCUUGCCUCCACUUCUACUUCAAACACUGCAGCAUGGAAUACAAAAACGAAGGCCACAGCGGCGUCAAUCAGCUGGGAGGUAUAUUCGUUGGCGGUAGACCUCUGCCUGAUUCCACACGCCAACGCAUCGUGGAGCUGGCCCAUGCCGGUGCCCGACCAUGUGAUAUCUCGCGCAUUCUUCAGGUGUCCAACGGAUGCGUUAGCAAAAUUCUCGGCCGCUACUAUGAAACGGGCAGCAUCCGACCGCGGGCCAUCGGGGGCUCGAAGCCGCGGGUCGCGACGCCGGAAGUGGUCAACAAGAUCUCACAGUUCAAGAACAACUGCCCGAACAUCUUCGCCUGGGAGAUCCGGGACAAGCUGCUGAACGAGCGGAUCUGCACGCCGGAAAACAUCCCGAGCGUUUCUUCAAUCAAUCGGGUACUGCGCAAUCUGGCCGCCCAGAAGGAGUUCAGCAAGAAGCCGCACUCGACGGACGCGCUCAGCGACGACGUCGGUGGGUAUCUGCAGGGCAAAUCGCUCAACGAUGCCUCCUUCAUACACUACAAGUACGGCGACAGCUGUCGGUCGAUGCAGGGCGCGGAGUCGGUGCUGCGCAUCAACGACACGUACAGUCGAGCUGGCGGCGGCGGUGGUGGAGCGGCUGCUGGUGGUGGUGGAAGCGGUGGAGCUGUACCCGGAGGGCCCGGUUCGGAGUCGACCGAUGUGAAGCCGAUGUCGGACGAUGGGACGAAGAAUCCGUUCGCCAAGCACUGCUUCACCAACCUAGACGCGGGGGUGCCGGGGGCGGGCACGGGGACGGCUGGGCAGGGUGGCCCCGGGACGAAGCAGGUCUUCGUCGACAAUGAUACCGAGCGGCUGAGCCUGAAGCGGAAGCUGCAGCGCAACCGGACGUCCUUCACCGUCGACCAGAUCGAGUUUCUCGAGAAGGAGUUCGAGCGAACGCACUAUCCGGACGUGUUUUCGCGCGAACGAUUGUCUUCCAAAACGAACCUGCCGGAAGCGAGAAUACAGGUAUGGUUCUCGAACCGGCGGGCCAAGUGGCGCCGGGAGGAGAAGCAGCGCUCGCAGGCCGUGUCCGAGGGCAGCUCGUCGGCGGCGGCCGCAGCAGCGGCUGCAGCGGCAGCAGCCGCCGCCGUCGCCGUGCAGAACGCGUCCAUCUCCUCCUGCUCGCUCAACCUCUCCGCGCCGCUCGUCUCGCACGUGUACGACUCGAACAUGUGCGUGGAGGACUCGAACAGCAACUACCUGAGCAAAACGUACCCGCUGGAACCGUCGUUCCAGAACCUGGACGCGCUGAAGUCGCCGGCCGCGCCGAACCAUCCGGCCGCCCCGCAGCAGCUCUCGCCGGCCGCCAUGUCCUUCAAGCUGUCCUUCCCGAACGCCAACCCGAACGGGGGCGUCGGCCCGAACAAUGGCGGCGGUGGGGGCGGCGGCGGCGGCGGUGCGGCGCCCGACGGCUCGACCGCGAACCUGAUGGGACCGUCCCUCGGCACCAAUGCCGGCUUCCCGCACGCAUCUACCUCAGACGACAAGUCGCUGUACAACCAUUUCGCCUACUCGGCCGCCGCCAACAUGCACCACAGCGCCUACUCGGCCGCGGCGGCGGCCGCCGUCGACCAGUCCUACAACGGGAUGUACCUGAAGAACCAGCUGUACAACCUGCCGGCCAACGCCGGCGUCCUCAGCUUCCAGUCCACGCUCGAGUGGAACAAGAGUUAAUGGCACGGGGCCGCCCUCGAGUCGGCUCCCUCGACCGGGUGCGAUCGGUACCAGUAGCGGCCCGGCCGCACGCGAACCCCGCUAAACUGAAGCCGGAUCUCACAGCCAGCCGAUGGGGGCCGGAGGGCGAAGAAGCGAUGACGAGUGGCGGUAGAGCAAACUACACACACGACACACUUACACACACACACAAACAGUACAUUUAUACUUGUAAUACAAUUUAACUCGAUGGUGCAUAGUGGGAAUGGUGGGAAGGGAAGGGUUGAGGGUGUGGUGGUAGGGUGGAGGGACGAGGGAAGAGAAAACGGAAAACAUGACAAGCGUGGUACUUAGUGCGGGAGAUAUGUUACUUAAAGGAAUGAAAAUAUCAUUUAAAAAAGAUGCAUUCUUUCAUAUAAGAUGGCGCAGCUAACGUGAUCGACCUUGGCGACAGCCUUCGCAGAAGUAAACUAAACGAGGAGAGAAAGGAGAAGAAACAGAUGGUUGUUCUGAUUGUUUGAACUAUGAAGGUAUUUUUUAUAAAAGUAAACACACACACAUACACACACACACACACACACACACACACUUGCACAAUUGGUAGCGAACAGGAGCAGUUGGUGCGAAGACAAAAACAAAACAAAACACUAGAAACGCCAAUAAAGUAUUAAAACCGCUGUUGUGAACAUGGGAAUCAUAUAAGAAAGUAAUGAGCGAGAAGA